AUGAAAUUUUUAAGUGCUGGAUUAAUUGUUAUUGGCUGUUUGCUGGCCCAUAUUAGUGCCGCUCCCUUGGAAAGUACAACACACCAACCUGAAACACAGCAAGCCCCUCUUCAAGUUGCAGUGCCUUUACCCGAAAUAAUUCAUGAUCAUGAACCCAUCGCCAACCCUAGUGAGCAAGUUUUAACUGUGGUGCCUGUCACUCUGCUGGAUGUUGAGCCUGUAGUGGAAGCAACUGGCACUGCAACUGAUGACUCCACUGUGCGUAAUGCCCGUGGCCUGGGAGGCUUGGGUCUUGGCAAAUUUGGUGGCUUAGGUUUGGGCUUCAAAGGAGGUUUUGGUGGAUUUGGAGGUCUUGGCGGUUUGCAUGGCUUUGGUGGUGGUCUUCAUGGUUUUGGUUUCAAGCCCAUGUUCUUCAAACACUUUGGUUAA